UAGGGAGUACUGUUAGGUACGAGAGAGGAGCGGCAAUUGACUCAGCGCGGCCACCCGUCUUACUGCUGCUGAAUAAUACAUGUUGUCGAGUCCUACGUGAUGGCAAGGAAAAAUGUGUUGUCGACGCGUGUGAGUGAUGAGUGAGCUCGGUGCUGCUGUGUCUGCACUCCCACCAGCUCCGAAAAUAGUGGGUGGUGUGCAUUAGUUCAGUGGAGGCCGAUAAUAAGUGCUCGGCUUGCAAAACCGAUGUCGAACUUCGUAAAGAAAGUGAAGAUGAGGACAAUGUUUUCCCUCGGGUGCUGGGAUGAAGCGAUUUCUCCGUACAAAUGAGGGUCGACGAGUAAGCUAUGGGGAUGGGGACGCUGGUGAGCUCGUACCCGCGGGGGCUGGAUGACCCCGGGAUGGUGGUCUCCCUCGGCAAGCCGGAGCCCCUGGUCGCCCGCAUGCAGGCCUGGGAUACACAGGGACUCCAAUCCGGCGAGAAAGAGCCCAGUGCUUCUGAGUUGUCCUUUUUGAGAGGGGGCAUCAAGGGCAAGGGAUCGCUCGUUAACAAGGUGCCAUGGGUGCAGGUGAUGGAGGCGGGCGUGCAGACGGAGGCAGUGGCGGAGGAGGACCUGGAUUUGGAUUUGAGCAACCUCGAGGACCGGGAGACGCAGACCCUUCCGCAAAACCCUACAUUCUUCCAAUUGAAUCGGACGGACGCCUUCGUGCAGACAGACUACCGGUACCUUCCCCUUCUUACCGCGCCCCCUCGCCCUUCCACCAGCUUUCCCGUCAAGUUGGUGGACAAGGGGACCCAGACGGAGGUCACCACCUCCACCGUCUCAACGCAGACAGAGGUUCAAUACCUGGUGCUCCCCGACCUCGUGCCCCGCCAGGACAGCGUGCCUGAGCAGCAGCAGCAUGUGCAUGAAGAGGAGGAGGAUGCGGAGGAGGAGGAGGAGGAAGAGGAGGAAGAAGAGGAAGAGAUAGAAGAAGAUAUAGAAGAAGAGAUAGGAGAGGAAGUGCUGCUCUCAGAUGCCUCAUCGGGGCCCUCUGUCUCGGGCCUGGGGUCUGCCCUGCCGCGGCCCCUGGCGCAGCAGAUUCGCCGAGACACCAUCACCCCGUUGCUGCCCACCAGUCCCCCGCCUUCGCCGGAGCAUCCGCUGAGUCGGCCUUUCGAUGGCAAGGCCGCGCAGAGGCCUGCAGACAAGCAUUGGAAGCACCUGCGGCGGAUCUGCGACGCCACCAAGCGGUUCUACGAGUCGCCGGCGCACGCUCGCUUCCUACGCACGCGCAGGGUCAUGGUGGACGCCAGCGUGCAGACCGAUAACGAUAUCCUGACCGACGAGGCGCCGCAGUUCGCCGCGCGGCCACCGAAUUCCACCAAGGCGCUGCUGCUGGAGGGGGAAGACUUUACGGACAUCGACGUGCACGUCCUCACGACCCCUGACGAGGUAACAACCGACGUGACCCAGCUGGUGCAUCACCUGUGCAGCAAGGCGGCGAGCGACCUUCACCGACUGCGAGCCUUGUUUCGCUGGGUGACAGAGAACGUACGGUACGACUGGAAGUACACGGAGAAGAACCAGACGGCGGAGGAGGUGCUGGGCUCUCGCGCGGGCGUGAGUCGCGACUACGUGACUCUGCUGAUGGCGCUGUGUCACGUGGCGGGCCUGAGGGUGAAGCGGAUCCACGGCUACGUGCGAGGGCGGGACUACAAACCCGGCCGUCUCUUCGAGCCCGAUCGGGACCCUCGCCACGCCUGGAUGGCCGUCUUCCUGUACGGUUCGUGGCGCUUUCUGGACCCCACCCUGAGUGCCGGCUACACGAGCGCCCACGGCAAGUUCAUCCCCCACCCUCAUGACCACUACUUCCUCACCGACCCCAAGCAGAUGGCCUUCACGCACCUGCCCUACGAUACACAGGAACAGGAUUACGACAGGUGGCAGCUCCUGGACGACCCUCUGAGCCUGGACGAGUUCAAUGUCCUGCCGAAGGUGCUGCCCGAGUUCUGGUCGUGCGGGCUGAGGCUUCAUCGACCCCGCCACAACCCCGUCGUCUUCAGGAACCAGACGGAGGUGACUCUCGCCGCGUCGUCGCUCAUCCGAUACAAGUACAAGUUUUUCCCGGCCGACCAGGACGCAGAGUCUUGCAUAAACCAAUGGGUGUUCUGCACGCUGAAGGAGGGCGGCGGCGUGGGUUCCUUCAUGGUGCUGCCGCCCGAGAGCGCCACCUACAUUCUCAAGAUCUACGCGGGGCCGGAGCAGAUGCUGGAGGACACAGAGAGCACGCUGGACCACGUGGUCUCUUUUUUACUGGUGUGUGAGAAGGCCAGGCGGUACCCGGUGCCGUGGCCGCUGCAUGACGUGGCGUGGGGCCCCAGUCCGCGCCUCUACCAGUGCGGCCUGGACCCCAUAAACCAGGCGGGCCCCGUCAUCGUCACGUGGGGCGGCAAGAAAGUCGUUUACUUUGAAAAGGCGAUCGACGUGAUGUUGAUGUUCCAGGUGUUUGACGCGGAAGGCAAACAGCUCGAGCUCAAGGGAAUCCUGGGGCGGGAGGAGACGGAGGAGCAGCUGCGGCUGGUUAUCAUGCCGCCGGGCAUCGGCUACUUCAAGCUGCUGGUGUACGGCAUCCCGCGACCCCAGGUGGGUUCGGCUGUGGUGCGGGGGCGCUGGAGCCUUCCCCUCUUGGCUUCCUACCUCAUCGAGUGCAAGAUGAGUCUGCGAAGUCAUAGCAACGAAGCAAGGACCCCCGCCAAGAAGGGAAAGACCAAAAAGAGGAUGGCAAUGAUGGUGAGAAGAUAACGCGAGCCCGACGCGCGUCACCAUACUCACCAAUGUACAAGUGUCGAGGGUUUUGCCUUCGUGAACACAACAGCCAAUAGAGUGCCCGAGGGAAUCUCGCUUAAGUGAAGACUUGUUUUGAAUGUUUUAGAAAAGUCUCCAAACUAUGAUAAAUCUAAUGCCGCGUAAUGAAAUAUAUCCAGGAGUGGCGGCGGAAAAUUUGGUGCCGCCUGGACUGCACAAUGGCGCGUCCACUGUGAAUAGUGUGAUUGUUUUAUAAAUGAGGGAAAACAAAUUUGCAAUAACAUGCCUUCAUAAACAUUGUGCCAUAACCAUCGCAAAGAGGUAUUCGUACACGUAACGUUUUGGGAGGCUUAUCUGUGCCAGAAACUUAAAACUUAAUCAUUAUUUUUACAAAAGUGUACGAUAUUUUUUCAUUCCAACAGUUUCUCUAUAAUUUUAUGAAAAGUAUAAUUUCGAUAUUCAAAGUGCAACAAAAAAUAUUCAGGUAUACAUUAGUGAUAAGGUGACUGUGAGUGGCUCAUUGUAAUAAGGCUUUUUAUCUCUCUCUUCCUGCGAGGGAAGGAAGAGCAUGACUGCUACAAAGGACACAGGAAAGGUGGACUGCCAAAAAGUAACUGAUCUUUUUUACGAAAUUCAUGAGUCCGAAUGUCUAUGGAAGUUAUAGGGAAGAUCGCAGAUGAAAAACAAAAUCUACAUGAAACGAGUUGAUGAACGUAACCAGCCACACACACAGACAUUUGGCGGAAUGCUUGUUUCAGGCUUGAGACUCGUGCUCUGGUCCACACUGUAGCCGUGAUUGCAUGAUAUAAUACUGUAAAUGUGACUGUAUAUGUGAUAAUCUCCCGUCCAACGCAUAAAAUGUACUACACCAAGAUAAACCUCUGUAAGUAUUAUCAGCGAAUAGUAUAGAGCAAGAGCAGAACAUGGUAUACGGAUAAUUUCAUGUGACUACCCGGCUGUAUGUUAAUGUUCUCCGUGUUCCCCGUGUCCUCGUGGUGUCUGCUGCAGCCACGCCGCCACGGGAGCACCAACGCACAAACGCAAGGGUGGGGUUGGCUGGCCACGUCCCCUCGGCCACGCACAAGAGCCAGAGUGAGGUGAAGCCGCGUAGCCUCAGUGAACGCGGCUGCCUCUGAUUAAGGAUGCCAUACUGUCCAGCAUCUA